AUGCAUUUAAAAAGAUUAAAACGCAUUCUUUGUUCAGGUCAUGCCAUCGUACCUGGUCAACAGAAAAUCCCUGAAUUUUAUCUGAUAAACAACACCGGAACAAAUAACUCUCAUCCCUACAGUAGAGUUGAAUUUUACACAUAUUUAUUCGCUUCUAAAUCAAAAGUCGAAAAUUUGAAAUUCAAUAAGCAACCGACUUAUGCUUCGGUUGAUUUUGGAUCUGAAGCUGAUGUGAUGGCGAAUAUGCAUCCACCUGAAUUAUCAUUCAAUAAAGACAGAUAA